GUGAAAGUUAUGUAUGUGCAUCCAAUGAACCAUUUCGGAAAGUUGAUUACACUAAGAAUGUUAAUCCAAACUGGUCAGUCAACAUAAAAUCUGGGUCAUCUCGAUCCCUCACAUCUUUGUUAUCUUCAAGAAGUGAAAUGAAGGAGAGUAAAGACUUCAUUAAGCCCAAAUUAGUAACCGUUAUACGGAGUGGAGUGAAGCCACGAAAAGCUGUGAGAAUUUUGCUGAAUAAAAAGACUGCUCAUUCCUUUGACCAAGUGUUAACUGAUAUAACAGAAGCUAUUAAGUUAGAUUCAGGAAUUGUGAAGAGAAUUUGCACACUGGAUGGUAAGCAGGUUACCUGCUUGCAAGACUUCUUUGGUGAGGAUGAUGUUUUCAUUGCUUGUGGACCUGAAAAAUAUCGUUAUGCUCAAGAUGAUUUUGUUCUGGAUCACAGUGAAUGUCGUGUUAUGAAAUCAUCUUACUCCCGCUCAUCAGGCACGCCAAGAUAUUCUGGAUCAAAAAGCCCUGGUCCUUCACGUAGAAGCAAGUCGCCUGCUUCAGUAAAGAGGGGUGGCUACUACUCCAGUACUUACUCUUCAGCAAAAUCCCCAGUCAAUGGAACCCCCAGCAGCCAGCUUUCUACUCCUAAAUCUACAAAGUCUUCUAGCUCCUCACCAACAAGUCCUGGGAGUUUCCGAGGACUCAAGAUUCCACCACACUGUGAGUCUUCUAAUGUUAAUGGUAUGCCUGAACUAUCUCCUUGCCUGAGUCCUGAAGUCUGGCUUCCAGUCCUGGGUAUUUUCACAGUUUCAAAUGCACAGAAACAGGAAGUGUCUUUAUUAGUGCAGAAGCAAAGCAAUUCUGUUUUGGGCAGUGUGAAUGGAAACAAAUGCUUAGGGACAUCAACAAUUCUUGAGAAAUACAAAGUGGGGAAGGUGAUUGGUGAUGGCAAUUUUGCUGUGGUUAAGGAAUGCAUAGAAAGGACCACUGGAAAGGAGUUUGCUUUGAAGAUUAUAGACAAAGGAAAAUGCUGUGGAAAGGAACAUUUGAUUGAGAAUGAAGUAUCAAUACUGCGCCGAGUGAAGCACCCCAAUAUCAUCAUGCUAAUAGAGGAGAUGGAUACUGCAACAGAGCUUUAUCUGGUGAUGGAACUGGUCAAGGGAGGAGACCUUUUUGAUGCUAUCACUUCCUCCACAAAAUACACAGAACGUGAUGGUAGUGCAAUGGUCUACAACCUAGCCAGUGCAUUGAAAUACCUCCACGGUCUCAAUAUCGUACACAGAGAUAUCAAGCCAGAGAAUCUUCUAGUCUGUGAGUAUUCUGAUGGAACUAAGUCCUUGAAGUUGGGAGACUUUGGACUUGCCACAGUGGUUGAAGGACCAUUGUAUACAGUCUGUGGCACACCUACUUAUGUGGCUCCAGAAAUUAUUGCAGAGACUGGUUAUGGCUUAAAGGUGGACAUCUGGGCUGCAGGGGUCAUCACUUAUAUAUUGCUAUGUGGGUUUCCACCAUUUCGUAGUGAGAACAAUGUCCAAGAAGAUCUGUUUGAUCAGAUCCUUGUUGGAAAGCUGGAGUUUCCUUCUCCAUACUGGGAUAACAUCACUGACUCUGCUAAGGAGUUAAUUAGUCUGAUGUUACAAGUAAAUGUGGAAGCACGAUAUACAGCAUCUCAGAUUUUAAACCACCCCUGGGUGUCGGAUGAUACCUCCCAGGAGAAUAAUAUGCAAGCUGAAGUAACAGGUAAAUUAAAGCAGCACUUUAACAACACACUACCCAAACAGAAUAACCCAACCGCAGGGGUUUCUGUCAUCAUGAACACAGCUCUAGAUAAAGAAAGGCAGAUCUUCUGCAACAAGCGCUGUCAAGAAUCUGGGCAAACUGCUGGGAAGCAAAACACCACGAAAAAUGCUGCAGCUCACAAAUCUCCUGCGGUUGGGCUCAAGGCACUUUGUCCUGCUGCUUCUGAGCCACUUAAACUCUCCACACACCCCAUGUCAGCAUGUCAUGAUGAUACUGCAGUAUCCAUGUAAACCAAGUCCACUGCUCAGUUGGAAAUCUAUCCUCCAGUACUGGUUUCUCAUCCUGUUCCUACCAUGGAUUGUCCACAGCUGUUUGAAAGAGAAUGCAGGUAGUAUAUGCAGUAGUUUUUAGUACUCUACUGGCAGUUCAGUUUGGAAAUUCUUAAUCUUUUUAAAAAUUAAUGUUUAAAUAUAAUUUCAAACAACAUUGGUACCAUUAAUGAAUUAAUCUACUCUGCUGGAAAUCAUAUCUUGAUAGACAGAUUGUUAUUAAGACUCACCCACCACACUUUCUGCAGUGGGCCCAGCAGAGGAGGAAGUGCUAAUCAUUCUUCUACGCAACUUUAAAGUUUAGUUCCUGACUUGCUCUUGAAAGGCAAUUUCAUCUACAGACUGGACCUAGUGGACAAACUCUGCACUACUGAAAAGGCAGGGUGUGUGUGAAGGGGGGAGUUCUUUUUGUCAAAUUAAAGUUUAGAUAACAUGACUUCAAACCAUGUGGAAUUUGGAUACAAAAGUAACAUAAUCAAGGGGGAAUUUUUCAUAUGUAUGAAAACUGCAGUAGCGGAAGCCUUUUCAGACAAUGUUUGUUCUACAGAAAUUGCCCAUCUUCUGCACUUCCUAUUCCUUGCCAGUACUGAUUACAAGCAACAAGAAUUGUCUGGAAGAUAAAGUGUGCUGCAUGUUGCAUAAUCUACAAUGGAGUAUAUAUUUAGCCAACUAAAGUGAUGAACUACAGGUUACCAACACAGAAUGCUUCUGCCAUUUUGUUUUUUCCAUUAGUCCCUGCUUUUAUUUCAGGAAGAGCCGAAAUAAUAGAGAGCAGUGAUGCUACAUGUGCAGUCAAGGGUAGAUGGAGUUGUAUCUUUUCUCUUAAUGCUUUUCAAUAGUGUAUGUAAUCUGCCUAUUUGUUUCCUUUUACUCCUUUUUAACAACUCUGUGUCAUUUUCUAUUUACUUCAUAUUAGAACUAUUAAG